AUGAGGGAGGAGCAACAGAAGCCGCUGGAGGAGGAAAGGGCUUUUCUAGACUUCCUUCUCCAGGCAGCAGGAGGAAACAGAGUCAUGGAGAGCGACCGUCUCCCUCCUCCGCCGACGCUCAGCCCGGCCGUGCCUCCCUUCGUCAAGCUGGGGCUGACGGUGGCCUACACCAUCUUCUACUCGCUGCUGUUUGUGUUCGUGUACGUGCAGCUCUGGCUGGUGCUGAGAUACAGACACAAGCGCUUCAGCUACCAGACGGUGUUUCUGUUCUUGUGUCUGCUGUGGGCGGCUCUGCGAGCGCUGCUCUUCUCCUUUUAUUUCAGAAACUGUGUGACCGCAAACACACUCGGACCCUUGUCUUUCUGGCUGCUCUACUGUUUCCCCGUCUGCCUGCAGUUCUUCACCCUCAGCCUCAUGAAUCUGUACUUCGCACAGGUCAUAUUCAAGGCGAAGUCUAAACAUUCACCAGAACUUCAGAAGUACAGGCUGCCGCUGUACCUGCUCUUCCUGUGCGUCAGCUUCCUCUUCCUGCUGGUGAACCUGACCUGUGCUCUGCUGGUGAAGAUGCAGACCAAGGCCGACACAGAGACUGUAGUCCUGGUGCGUGUGGCCAUCAACGACACGCUGUUCGUCCUCUGCGCCGUCUCACUCGCACUGUGUCUCUAUAAGAUCGCCAAGAUGUCUCUGGCCAACAUCUACCUGGAGUCCAAGGGAACAUCUGUGUGUCAGGUGACUCUGAUCGGGGCGAUGGUGAUCCUGCUGUACUCGUCCCGUGCGUGUUAUAACCUCGUGGUGCUGGCUCUGGCCAAAAUCAAGAGCAUCAACUCAUUCGACUACGACUGGUACAACGUAUCAGACCAAGCAGAUCUGAAGUCGACGUUGGGCGAUGCUGGAUAUGUGGUUUUUGGGGUGAUCCUGUUUGUUUGGGAGCUGCUGCCCACUUCACUGGUGGUCUUCAUUUUCAGAGUCCGUAAGCCGGCUCAGGACCGAAGCGUGUCAGUGAUCCCCGGCCACAUGUUCUCAUCUAGAGCUUAUUUCUUUGACAACCCGCGGCGUUACGACAGCGAUGAUGAUCUCGCGUGGAGUAUCAUCCCACAAAACAUUCAAGCCAGUCUUACGUCGGAGAGUUAUGAUUGGGGUUUUCACGCAUACGUCGAAGGUGAAGAGUCUCAUCUGGUGCCAGAGGAGCUGAAUCCCUACUAGAACAUUCCCAAUGAGGAGUGGUAUCAUUUUGCACAUUCUCCAUCAUUGAUGGGAAAUAUAAUAUACCACAGAUGUCUUUACCGCUAUUUAUUACGGUAUUUCAAUAUAAUACGACAGUAUGGCUCUGGAAGCAAAACCACCAAUCAUUUUCUCCAACAAGAAAUAGAUUUGUACCAAUAAUGUGUGAAAGAUUCGCUUCCAUAGAAGUAAAUGUGAUUUCAAAUUCACUUCCCAGAGAUCCAUCAUAGAAAUCACUGUUACAAUGGAAAUCCCAUGAUUCAUCGCAAAUUAAUUAAUCGAGUUUGCCUUGAAUUCUACAUAGUAAUACUUAUAGAUUUAAAUAUUUGCAUUUAUUAAACUAUUAGACAGGUCAGUUGUUUUAUAUAUGACCCUGGAGCACAAAAGCAGUCGUGAGUCUCUGGGGUAUAUUUGUAGCAAUAGCCAAAAAUACAUUGUAUGAAGCAAAAUUAUAGACUUUUCUUUUAUGUCAAGAAUCAUUAGGAUAUUAAGUAAAGAUCAUGUUCCAUGAAGAUAUUUAGUAAAUGGCAUACUGUAAAUAUAUAAAAACUUAAUCUUUGAAAGUAAUAUGCAUUACUAAAAACUUAAUUUAGACAACUUAAAAGAUGAUUUUCUCAAUAUAUGUUUAUUUUAUUUUUUUAUUGUUUUGCUCCCUCAGAUUCCAGAUUUUUAUAGUUGUAUAAAAUAGUUGCAUCUCAGCCAAAUAUUGUCCUCCAAACAAACCAUACAUCAAUAAAAAUAUGAUUUAUUCAGCUUUGAGAAAUUGACCCUCAUGACUGGUUUCGUGCUCCAGGGUCACAUGUUACACAUGUUUCACAAUGCAUCAUGGGAACAGUAGUUCAUUGCCUCAUUAAAUAAAUUGAGUAUGUUUUUGUGUACAAAAACAAGUAUAUUCUGGGAAGAGAAGCACAUUGCCUCAUUAGGGCAAUAAAUAUAAUUUCAUCUUCAAACACAAAUUGAAAUAAAUUCCUAUGGAGAAAAUGAAUGGGGAAAAUAUUUCCAGAAUCAGUUCCGCCGAAAAUGUGGCUGUUCGUUCGUUGUUCAUUUCUUAAAACUUGUAGGUCAGUAGUUCUCCUUUUAGAUGUACAAAACUUUUCUGAAUUAUUUUGUAAAAGCUAUAUUUCUGAGUUUGCACUGUCAAUUAUAUACAGAAGAAUAUAUAUUAAUUAAUAUAUUAAGUAUACUAGAAAAGUAUGUUAACUUUCCUCUGUGUGAAACAUAGUUUUUGUUGCAGUUUUUGUAUUGCUGCUCCAUAAACAAAAUCAUUAUCUUCAUUUCAGUUCUGUUCAGAUUCGGACACAUACUUGUUUAACAAAACCAGAUGAAGGAAAUAAUUCAUUUCAUAUUUACUUGGCCUGAACUGUGAAACUGUUUUUGACACUCUCCCAUUAAAAAUGUUUAUUUUUUGAGACUUUUUUUUAAAAUAGACAACUGCAAUAUAAUGCAUUAACAGAAUGAUCACUAUAGACCAAAAAAAAUAAAAGUAUAUAUUUUCAAAUGUUGAGAAGUGAAUGAAGGGGUUUGGUUUGUUGUCCAUUGUUUUUUAUAAAUGCCUUUUUAGUGUUUGACUGUACAGUUUGUAGCUUUUGCACUUUGUCUGACUUUGUUUUCUAAUAAAAAUUCUCUGUAUUAAA